CGUAUCAAAAAAUAAGGAAUGAGAAAAUUUAAAACAAAAAUGACUUAAACCACAUAUCCACUCUAUCCUCGCGAACGUUCCGCCGUGUACGCCCCUGUAUCUAUCAAAUCUGAAUAUCCGAUUCAAUUGCGCCAAUUUCCAUGGCUUCCACAGCCUCGCUUCUCGUGCAAACGCUUCCAGUCCGCUCUUCUUCUCGCAAGCCGCGCAGUUCUAGAGCUUCGCCCGCGGCUCUCACCUGCCGGAGGCAGUGGCUGCUGCUGCUCACUGCUACGACGACACUGAAGGGCGCGGAGCUGCCGUCGAGAGCAGAAAAAAUCGGUCUGUUCGGCGUCAGGAAAAGGAUAGACAAGCUGGAGGAGGAAGCGGAGCUGCUGGUGAAGGAAGGUUUUGAGACGGCGGACAAGGGAAUUGAAGCGGCAGAGAAGGAGAUCGAAUCAGCGAAAAAAGAGAUCGAAGCGGCCGUGAGUUUCGGAGCUUUGGCGCAAGCCGUUGUGGUCGCUGGAGCAGAAUUGAUUGCAAUUCUGAUCGCCACUUCCGUCGUUAACGGUAUUUUAGGGCCUGAACCUAAAAAAUCGUGAGGAUUGUAUUUGCAUUUGUUUUUUUCAUUAACUCAUUAAAAUACAAUUAUGUCCUUAAUGAAUCCUAUGUGUCAAUCUCUCCAUAAUUUGUUCAUUUCCUAUAAAAAUGUCAUGUUUGUUCAUUUUCUAACUCACAAAUUUGGAUCAAUACUAGAUUAAAAUUCUUAAAACAAAUGAAAACUCC